CCAAAUCUCUCUCUCUCUACACCAAACCCUUACACAUUUCCAGAACCUCAAUUUUUUUCCUCCAAUCAAACAAAAAUGGCUGAACCAGAAACCAGAACACCAUCGGAUCUAACGGUCGGGGAAAUUGAGGAGGAGAAGACAAAGAAGCAACAACUCGAGUAUCUCGAUUUUGUUCGAGUUGUCGCAAUUUACGUCGUCGUAUGUUGCUCCACAAUCUACGAAUACGCAAAGGAAAACGCCGGUCCGCUUAGACCGGGCGUCCAAACAGUUGAGGGGACCGUAAAAACUGUCGUUGGGCCGGUUUGCGAGAAAUUCCGCCACGUUCCCUUUCACCUUCUCACAUUCGUAGAUCGCAAGGUGUGCCUAAUAAUCUACUAAUAUUUAUAUCACGUG